AAGCAAAAGCCUUAGACAGCAUGCAGCCCAGUGGCUCGACUACCACGAUCCGCCACCGCAAUUCCAAUGAUGAAGACGACGACUUUGAAGAUGAGCAGCCUCUACUUGAGCCCUUUACUCAACUGAGUCUAGACAACCCUUCCACAAGUUUCCAGGGCCCUGCGUCAGCAGACAACUUCCUUCGCAAUGUGAGAAAGUUGUCUGGCUUCCAGGGUGAUGAUGGGAGUCUCGACUUGGUGAACAAUUUCUAUGAGCCUGACGCUUUGCCUUCACGGCGACAAGUCGUGUUCAGCAUUCGCUCGCGUCUGCCGCCUAUUGACAUGGCACGACGGCUCUUUUCAGCACAGUACAUGUAUAUCGGCACCAUUUUUGCCUUUACCGAUCCGAGGGACUCGUUUGAGCGCUUGCUUGUUGAAGCUUAUAGCGGAUUGCCAGAUCCCUCCGAUAAGACGGCGUGCUUGGAAUACGCCAAGGUGCUUCUUAUUCUUGCAUUUGGGCAACUGUACUCGGUGAAUCAGUGGGUAGACUUUCGAGGGCCUCCCGGGUUCGAUUACUUUAGAGAUGCGCUGAACUUGCUUCCCGAGACCCAUGAAGAAGGGUCUAUUCUAUGCGUUGAGACUUUGGCGCUUGCAGGUUAUUUCAUGCAAAACAUGAAUCGACGAGAUGCUGCGUUCCAGUAUAUUGGCAAAGCUUUGCGGAUGGCCAUCUCGCUUGGCCUGCAUCAAGAAGUGAGCCCUCACUACAGCUCACAGCAAGGUCCGGUUUUGGACAAGGCGGAGAGAGAGCAUCGUCGUCGAGUCUGGUGGUCUAUCUACAGCCUGGACAGAAUUCUGUGCGUCAAGUCCGGUAAUCCCAUCACUAUUCAGGAUGAGGACAUCGGAGUAGACAUGCCCUCGAGACUCCCAGGGGAUGCCGAGUAUUGUCCCGCCGUGGUGCUGCGACAUUACACCGAGCUGUCUCGCAUUCUUGGCCAGAUCCACAUGACGAUAUACCGUAGAUCAAACAAAUCUGCACCAAAAUCCGGCAAGAGCCUCAUGGCGUCAGUCCAGAGUAUCAUUUUUUCUCUUUCAAAAUGGAACCGCGAAUUGCCCGAUGAGUUGCGUUUCGACCCUGCACAGCUAACUUUCAGUCGCGAGAGUGUUGGUGCAUUUGCACAUUACUAUCAGUGCAUCAACAUGACUGUACGGCCGCUGCUAUUUCAUGUGGUUCAGAAGCGUUUGAAGGCGAUUCGGAGCGGCGAUGGUCCGGCUGAGAAGGAGCGCGACUGGAAAGAAGGGCUCUCGCAGACGACGGUGAGAGUUAUUGACAUGUGCAUUGGAGCGGCGCAGGAUGUUAUCAAUAUGAUGGCCAUUGUGGCACAACGAGAUUUGGUGGCAACAUAUGGCUACAUGGACGGGGAGCACAUCUUUUCUGCCACAAUCGUGCUCGUCAUGGUAUGCACGGCAUUUCCUGACAAUGCCGCCAACAACUUGGCCAUGGCAGCUGGGCUUGGCCUGUUGAGGAACAUGGGCGAACGAGGGAAUAGCCAUAUGGGCGCUCGGUAUGAGUUGCUGGCGAACAUCUACUCGGGCUCGAGUAUUUUCUCUCCCACCGCUCAUCAGCAGCAAUUUGCUAUGAUGACGCCUGUCUCUCAAACUGCCACUCCGAUGAAUGGCAAGGGAACAGUUACGCCACGCAUAUCGAUGGCUCCAUACCCCAUCACAGCAUACAAUACCGCCGUAAGCAGUGCAAAUGGACCGUUCAACUUUCCAGCGGUCAAUAAUGAUGCACUGAACGAACCAUUUUAUGACGAGAGCGUGAGCACGGGCAUGGAUUUUGGACUUUGGGAAGAGGGAUUUGCGUAUCCGACCAUGGAUUUAGACCUAGAUUUGGCGCAGCGUACAUCAACGGUUGGGGGAACUGGCGGGCCAGAUAUUCGCGAGUGGAUGCUUGAUUUUAUGGGACAGGGUAAUUCAGCAUGAGAUAUCACGAAGAGACGAU